AUGGCAGAGGUCAGUCACAGGCUUGGGAACGGAGUUUGCCGGCUCACUGCUUUCAGAACCAACCAGGGUCAUCCAGUGGGCACCGGAGGAAGUCCCGGAGGCCUCGUAAUAAUUCGUGAGUCCAGUCACAGUAGAGUUAGAGAAGAAUCAACCUUGCUUCAACGCGGAGCUCAGCCUCUGUCAGCAAACAGCGCAACAACACGUAAGUCAAGGAAACUUUCCAGAGUGAGGAAAACCGAAUGCCAGCUGGGAAAUGUUGCCACUUCACUUUGCCUGGUGUCAUCCCGUUUCACGGGGUUUGCUGAAACCAGAGACGGCCUACAAGCCUUUAAAACCGCCAUGUACCUUCCUGCUGGGCUCCUCCAGGAAAAGCUGUCCUGCAGGAUGUCAGCCUGGUCCAGAGGUGAUGUUUCCAUCCACGUAGACUCCUUCGCGUCCCCUCAGCAGCUUCGAGCUUUUUGCACUUUCUACUUUAUUCUAGCAGAGAAGGGAUUGGAGAGACAGGGCUGUGGACUGAGACGUCUGAAGCCUCUUCCUGAUUCAUCAGCAACCAGCAGAAGCUACAGCUGGAGUUCAAAAGAGUCUCCCUUGCUGCAAAGAAGCAGAACGGCCUAUUAUGACAUCCUCAAAGUGACUCCCAGUGCCACGCAAUCCCAGAUCAAAACGGCGUAUUACAAACAGUCCUUCAUAUAUCACCCUGACAAGAACCAGGGGAGCAAGGAGGCCACGGAGCGCUUCUCUGAGAUCAGCGAAGCUUACAAUGUGCUGGGCAACAUCGGCCUGAGGAAGAAGUACGACCGGGGAAUAUUGCACCAGUCUGAUAUCCAAAGUGCAGGGAGACCAUCGCCAAAGAACACCAAAAGUAGAUCCACGGGCCCUCACCAAUAUCAGAGAGCCAGACAGUUCUCACAGGCCGGCGGGAAGCCCAUGUUCGACUUCGAUGCCUUUUAUCGGGCGCAUUACGGGGAGCAGCUGCAGAGACAGAGGGAGCUGAGAGCCAGGAAGGAGCGCUUGGACGAGCUGCAGAGGAAGAAUCACAAUAGGUGGAAAGAGAAUAAACUGAUGGAGAUAGCUUUGACCAUGGCGGUGGCCAUGGCCGGGCUGAUUUUUGUUAGUCUCGGCAGGUCCUGA